AUGGUCCCUCUCAAGCACACUUUACCAGCUUGGAUCGUGAUCUCCGCUACCUCCACCUCGUAUCUAGUAUUGAUGGUCCACCAGUUCGUCAAUAGCCACGCCUUCAAAGCAGAGCUAGUCAAGGCCAAACACGAUCCCCUUGGCAAGUGGUUCCAAGUACGCACGCUGAGCCCGCUUGUGUAUCUGCUCGUCAGGGAUGGCCUUGUUUACUUCGUCAUGAUGUUCUCUGCGAGCAUGCUGAACUUGGCGAUCACCAUUCACUUCAAUCGCAGAGAGAUCCAAGCCAUGGGAGUGCCCAUCAUUCUCGCGGUGGCCUCCAUCUCGUUCGUCAAUAGCCACGCCUUCAAAGCAGAGCUAGUCAAGGCCAAACACGAUCCCCUUGGCAAGUGGUUCCAAGUACGCACGCUGAGCCCGCUUGUGUAUCUGCUCGUCAGGGAUGGCCUUGUUUACUUCGUCAUGAUGUUCUCUGCGAGCAUGCUGAACUUGGCGAUCACCAUUCACUUCAAUCGCAGAGAGAUCCAAGCCAUGGGAGUGCCCAUCAUUCUCGCGGUGGCCUCCAUCUCGGGUAUAAAGCUCUUCGUUCAGCUGAUCGGAGACACGACUGUAGUGAACAGGGCAGCAGCUGCUGCAUCCACGUGGGUGGCUUACGACAUAUGCCUCACCUUGGGCGAGGAGGUCGAGCUAGUUUGGAAAUGCCGCGGGUGGCCCUGGUUCGAGGCAUUUGGAGCUGCUACCGCCGUAGCCGCAUUGUUCGGCGAAGGCAUGUUUGUCCUCCGACUCUGGGCUGCAUACCGAGAGAACAAAUACGUGCUGGCCCUUAUCGCAUUCUGCUUCACUGCGGAGCUUGCCUCAUCUAUAACGGUGGGUAUCAUAGAGGCCCGCACGAUCACGAUCCUGCCGCGCCCAGCGGGCCUCCCCAUACCUGGAUGUUAUACCCUCGCCAAUGUACCUCUGCGGAACUCCCUUGGAGCAUGGAUCGUCAACUGUACCGUCGCAACGACGUUUUUCGCCUUGAUGCUAUACAAAUUCUUCACUGGCGAAGCCUUCAAAUUCGAGUUGUCUGAGGCCACGCGCAACCCGCUCGCCAAAUGGACCGAAGUGCGGCGGUUCAGCCCGCUGCUCUACCUGCUGCUCCGAGAUGGGACUACAUACUUUGCGAUGAUCUUCUUGGUAAACGCGGUGAACAUGGCACUUUCUAUUCGUGAGGAAGGCCGAGCGCUUGAAGGGAUGGGCGUCGCAUGGACAAUUGCCGUCUCGUCCGUCGCCUCUUCGCGCUUGCUGCUGAACCUGCGCGGAUUCAUCAGCGGGAACGACAACAUGUCCGGGGGCAAGUCAGAACGGACGACCAUGCGCUUCGAGGACAAUCUCGCCACGUCGGAGACUUUGGGACAGGAUGAGGAUGUUGCGUGCUCCGGAGAUAUAGAAGAGUGUGCUAGGGAGUCGAUGGCGUUCCGGGACAUUAUGCCUGAUGUGGCGCCUUCGACUCCAGAGCUUGUUGUCCCAGUCGAAGAGGUCCAUGUCGUUACUAUAGAUGCCCUCAUGUCUAGCUCAGACACCGAUGUUUCAAGAGGAAGUGUGAACUUACCUGUAAUUUGA